CGCAGUUUUCUGCUCUGUACUAUAAUACUCAUGAUAUAGUCACAAUUGUACAAUCGACUCUGAUUUUAGCAUACACUUCUUAAGAAAGUGGAAAGGGUUGUGUCAUUUGUAUUUAAUUUUAACUCGAAACGUGACAGUGUCCAUCCGACUCUCAGUAUAAUGUAGUUUAUGUUUGGGUCAUCAUUUGUAGUAGACAUAGUUGUUUUCAAAUCUAAAUAAAUCGUAGGCUUCAGUCCUCCGGAAGAAAAAUCGUUGAGUUGUGGAUUCAUCUCAUCAAUUCAUCAAAGUAUGCCAUUGCGUGCCAUGAGAUUUACAGCCCAUUUCAUAGUUCUCCUGUUUGUUACAAAUAGUAAACAAUCUGUGAUCGUAUAUAUAUUAUUUACAUUUUGUAUCCACUUUGACAAGCAUGGAGCAUAAUAUUAGCAGUUUUGAAUAUAAUGUGUACCUGUCACGCAAAAAAGAAAUUAAGGUAAAAACAAAUCAUUCAGAGUCACAUGUUAUCCUAUAUUAUGUCUUCUCAGAUGCAGUGAGGGAUCCACUGAUGAGAGCGAACACUGAAGACUCGUGGAUACCUGACAAAUAUCAUAGACGGUUACAUCAAGGGCCAGUUAAAGACACCCCGCUCCAUAAGGCCGUCAUUGAUGGGAACCUCGAUACCGUGAAACAGGUCAUGAGUGAGUAUGAAAUAGACGUCAACACCCGAGGUUUGUAUGGACUGACACCAUUGAUGUUGGCUGCAGUGAGAGGGCAGAAUGACGUCUUUGAACAUCUUCACAAGGAAGGAGCUGAUAUGACACUAACGGAUGGGGAUGGUGACCACAUUCUUAGCACUGCCUGUGUCGGGGGAAAUAUUGACAUUGUAAAAUAUGUGGUCUCAAAACAACCUGAACUUAUCAACAGAAAGCGAAACGACGGAAGAACUUCCUUGAUGUGGGCAGCAUGGCAUGGGCGGGAAAAUAUAUUUGGUUAUCUGCUGGGUAAUGGAGCUGACCAUAUAUCAAUGGAUAAUGAUAGGGACAACAUCCUUCAUUAUGCCUGUAAUGGAGGACACCCAGGAAUCGUAGAGAAGAUCCUCGCCGAGGCCGAGAUUGACAUCCACAGUAUUGACAUAUAUGGACGUACAGCAGUGAUGGAGGCAGCAGAUCAAGGACAUAAACAGGUGUUUGACAUACUUGUCGGGAAAGGAAGUAGCAUAUCACACGUAGAUAAGGAUGGCAACAAUGUGCUCCAUGCGGCGUGUCGUGGAGGACAUAAAGAGAUGGUGGAGUAUAUCCUCUCACAGAGAGGUUUUAACAUCAACCGUCGGGGGAAGGAUGGGGCAACACCUCUGAUGAUCGCAGCACGUGGUGGACACAGAGGCGUGUGUGACCUGCUUGUGGGAAAGGGAGCUGAUACAUCACUACUUGAUAACAUGGAGAACAACAUCCUACACAUGGCUAGCAUGGAAGGGCAUGAAAGUAUGGUGAAGCAUAUCCUGUCACAGAAUUUUGUGGACAUCAACAGUCGAGGGCAACGUGGAAGAACGCCACUGUUAUGGGCAGCGUUGCGGAACCAAAAUGAAGUGAUUCGGUUACUUGUGAGUCAAGGCGCUGAUCUAUUACAAGUGGACGAUGGGGGAAACAACGUGCUUCACAUUGCCUGCAAAACAGGAAAUGGGAAAAUUGCGCAGUAUGUUCUGUUAAAGAAUGAGCUUGACAUCAAUGCAGGAAAUCAUUGUGGCGAAACAGCCUCCAUGAUUGCGAAACGUACAUAUCAAAUGGAACUGUAUGAACUGCUCAUGUCACAAUGAGGUCAAGGACUUGGAAAUCCUCACUACCAACACUGACGCGUAUAUCCUGAGCGUGAAGCGAGUUUAAGGCAAAUGUGGCAAUGUGUACGAAUAUAUUUAUCAGGGCCAAAUUAUAUUGAACGAAUUCAAUGCGUGCUAGUUGCUGAGGAACCAUUGCGGAGGUUUGUCUACACAAUCUCUAUGUGUCUGUAAAGUAAAUUACAAAGUCAGGAGGCAAGUUAUAGUUUCCUUGUUCCAUAGCAAAUGUUGGGGUAAAGGUUAUGCUGGUAGGUUAGGUGACCUUUCUGUCCAGGCAAUGAUAUGGUCGGGCAAGUAUGGCAACCUACAUAACGUGACUGCGAAGGUAUCGUCCCAUUUAUCAGACGUGCCAUUUGUCAGACAGGUAAAAACAACAAACUAUCUGGUUGAUUGCACAGCUAAUCCCCUGCCUGUUACCUCUUAAUGAAAUAGGAAUGGCCCAUAAAACAAAUAAAAGAAAUCAGAAAUGUUAGAAAUCAGGGAAGACUUUUUAAUAAUAAUGACAAUAACAA